GCCACAAUAGCGAAUUCAGCUUGGUACCCCUGUGCUGGGAAUGGUUGAUGAUCUGGCUGGGUAUGUUGCAGGGCAAAGACAAGGACGUGGAGCUGCUGCUUACAGACUUGCGUCUUACUUAGUCUUACGCUCAGUCUUACUCAAAUCCUCCACCUCGCCGGCUGAUGGGAGUUCUUGUUGCUUCGCUGAUACCCCUCAAGUCUCCCACCGUCAGUCAUGGCUGGAGAUGUCAUUCCAGCACCCUUCCAGAUCACGGAAAAUGAUAAACGCGGAUUGAUCGUCGUGACCGCUGGAUGUACGUUGGCCUUCAUUUGGGUGUGUUUUGUUAUACGAGUAUGGCUGCGCUUGCAAGUCAGAGAAUGGAGGUCUGAUGAUUACUUCCUCGCAGCAGCGACGUUUUUAGACACAAUUCAGACUGGAAUCACAUUCCAUCUUGUCAAUCUAGGCUUGGGUGGUCCUCAGGAAGAGAUUCCUUUGGAUCGACUCAAGGACAUCGGGAAGCAAGGUUUUGCCUCCCAAAUAUUCUACAUUCUCGCACUAUGGACUACCAAGUCUUCCAUCUUGCUGCUAUAUAUACGGCUGUCACCGAGUGGUGUCAACAGGAUUGCGUCGUGGACGAUGCUCGCGUGUUCUGCAGUGUGGGCACUUGUUUCGAUCAUCCUGAUAUCUGUUCCGUGCAACCCUGCGCAGUUAUAUACUAGCAAAGCUGGAGAAUGCGCUGAUAUGUGGCCGAAAUGGCAAGCUAUCACCGCUCUUGACAUCACCACCGAAGGCCUCAUCUUCCUCAUUGCGAUUCAACUCGUGUGGACGCUUCACAUGCGAUGGAAGACCAAGUUCCUUGUCGUGUUUGCAUUUUCCGCACGACUUCCGAUUAUUAUGAUUGCGGCUAUUCGACUCUACUACUUCCAACAAGCGAUCGCCGACACGAAUGUUACAUAUGCGAGCAGCUUCUAUCUGGUCGCCAACCAGUGGCAGAUGAGCUACGCCAUCAUUUCACUUACGAUCACCGGCAUGGGCCCUUUUUUACGCCCUUUCAACAAGGAUCUGAUGACGAGCUACGUAGCGAAGCGGUACGCAAGGAACGGCAAUAUUAUCGAGUCUCAGUCCGGGGGAUCUCAACUGGGCUACCAGAUGAGUCGGCUAGAUCGUGAAGAAAACAGGCCAGUACGGGUGAGGCUGGGCCCAAGCAAUCGCUCAAGGAACGAGUCGAAAGCAUCUUCUCCAGAGCCUGGUCAGGUUUCGCCUACUUCGCAGACAUCUAUCAUUAGAUCGGCAGAGCCGCCAACCUUUCGUCCACAGCAUGAAGGCCUCAGACACGACGCCGAAGUGUGGGUCGGAAAGCGUACAUCGAGUGUACGGGAUGCAGACGAUGUGUUCAGACAUCUGAGCGACGAGACUCGGCUGGUCAUCACGAAAAAGACAGAGAUGAAGGUAGAGAGCGACAGCGCAAGUCAAGCGCAGCGAUAAUUGAGCAGGCCUUUCCGCGGGUGUUUUGCUAUGGAUUGAUACCCACUACCGUAUCGUUUGUUGUAUUACUACUUCCAUUUGGAUACGCAUAUAGAGACGACAAUGAGAGAUGUUGAUGUUCAC